AUGGCACAAUCUUUACCAGAUUAUCUUACCAAUCCUGCAAACCCAUUUUUCCUUCACCCAAGUGAGAAUCCUUCUCUAGUUCUUGUAUCUCCAAAGCUGAAUGGCAAGAACUACCAUAGUUGGGCUAGGGCAAUGAAGAUGGCACUACUUUCAAAGAACAAAGUAGGGUUCAUCAGUGGUGGAAUUGUGUCUCUACCAGCAGAAGAUCUAUUGUUUCUUGCAUGGGAACGUUGCAAUACUAUAGUGCUUGGAUGGAUUCACCGAUCCACUGAUGAUUCAAUAGCAAGAUCAAUUCUCUGGAUCGACAAAGCUUUUGAUGCAUGGAACGAUCUCAAAGUUCAUUUUGCCCAAUCUGAUAUCUUCAGAGUAUCGGAUAUUCAAGAAGAUAUGAACAAGCUUCAACAAGGAAGCAUGUCCAUCACACAGUACUUCACUGAAUUGAAAACUCUUGGGAUUGGCUUGAAUGAGCAAUAUGCUCAUGUCAGGUCACAAAUCAUGAUGAUUGAUCCUAUUCCUAAUGUAGCCCGAGCUUUCUCUUUAGUCAUUCAACAAGAGAGACACCUUCAAUCUGAAGCAAUUGUAGAAGUUUCAAGUGAUCUCCGUGCUUAUGCAAAUAUUUCUGAUAACAGAAAUAAACCGUAUUAUGGAAGAGGCAGAGGUGGAAACAGCGCAAAUAGUGGACGUGGUGGAACAAGGAUAUGUACACACUGUGGUAAGAAGAACCACACUGUGGGCACUUGUUACCAAAUCCAUGGAUUUCCUCCUGGAUACAGAAACUUGCUGCCAAUGAGACCAAGAAAUGCUGCUAAUCAUAUUGCAUUUGGUGACUUUGAAGAAAAUGCAAAUGAUGAAUCCAAGAAUGUCCAGAAUUCGAACCUUUCUUUAACUUCUGAUCAAUAUCAUCAGUUAAUGAAUCUUUUGCAGUCAUCUCAUCCUCAAUCACAGGCUUCGAUGCAAGAAAUCACAACACCAGCUAGUAACCACUUCAAAACCUUAGUUACUUGUUUAGCAUCUAAUGCAAAAAAUGAUGAAAAAUCAGGUAAUGGUACAGUUCAAUGGCUACUUGAUACAGGUGCCACAGAUCAUGUAACAUCAGCUCGUUCUUUAUUUUCUUCUUUACAUCCAAUUACUCCUCUCUCUAUUACAUUACCUGAUGGAUCAUGUGUGCAAGCCUCUUAUUAUGGAAUUAUUCAUAUUUCUCCUCUUUUAACUCUGUUUAAUGUUCUAUAUGUUCCUGAAUUCAAGACCUCCACCAAGAAGACGAUUGGUACAGUUAAGGCUAAGGAUGGAUUGUUCUUAGCUAAGCAACAUAGGUUACCUUUUCCUUCAAGUAUUACAAAAUCCACAAAUGUAUUUCAACUAUUACAUGCAGACAUAUGGGGACCAUAUUCUGUUCCAUCUAUUCAUGGAUAUAGAUAUUUCCUUACUUUAGUAGAUGAUUUUUCUAAAUUCACAUGGGUUAUUCUGAUGAAAACCAAAAGUGAAGUUCGCACAAAUAUUCAGAAUUUUGUUGCUUACAUUGAAACUCAAUUCAACACCAAUUUGAAAACUUUUCGUAGUGACAAUGGAUUAGAAUUCAUAAUGCCUAACUUCUUUGACAGCAAAGAUCAGCCCCAACCUACAGAAAUAUCAUCUUUUCCAAUUUUCUUGCCUAAUACUGACACUGAUCUCUUUCCUAUAUCUUCAUCUAAUGUCAACACUGAUAUUAUUGCUCCACCAGCAUCUCAUGUUUCCCCAGAUCAUCCUCGUCGCUCCACACGACAGAGAACCCAACCUCAUUACCUUCGUGAUUAUCACUGCAGUCUCUCCAAUGCCAUGGUUCACCAAAUGUCUUCAGGUACCACUUCUUUUCCUGUUUCUCAUGUUAUUUCUUACAAUCGUUGCUCACCAAACUUUACUAGAUUCUGUCUUAGUACGAUGAUCCACACAGAACCAAAAACUUAUGCUCAAGCCUCUAAACAUCCCUCUUGGCAACAAGAAAUGACUAAUGAAUUACAAGCCUUGGAGUUGAAUAAAACUUGGUCAAUGGUUGACAUCCCACCUGAUAAGCACAUUAUUGGCUGCAAAUGA